UACGAGGCGCUCGGCGUGGACCCCGGCGCGUCCGACGCGCAGAUCAAGAAGGCCUACUACAAGAAGGCGCUCAAGUGCCACCCGGACAAGCACCCGGGCGACGCCCAGAAACAAAAAGAAUUCCAGGCGGUGUCGUCCGCGUACCAGGUGCUGAGCGAGCCGGAGGCGCGGCGGCGCUACGACUCGACGGGCGAGUCCGGCGACGACAAGGCCGGG